AGUUCAACUUCACCUGGUUUUACAGAAUGGAUCAAAAAGAAAUUAUCACGCAAAAUCUGGAAAGAGCCCAAAGCAGAAAGCUCAACAAAGAGGAGUUCACUAAAGAAUUUUUGAAACUGAAAAGGCAAUCGGCAACCUACAGAGCUGACAAAAUCUACCCAACGGCUACAUCUGAGCAGCCGGAAAAUAUCAGCAAGAACCGGUAUAAGGACAUCUUGCCAUAUGACCACAGCAGAGUGAAGCUCUCCCUUAUCACGUCUGAUAAAGACUCUCAUUACAUCAAUGCCAAUUUUAUCAAGGGUGUGUAUGAGCCAAAGACUUACAUAGCUACUCAGGGCCCCCUUCCCACAACUGUUGUUGACUUCUGGAGGAUGAUUUGGGAAUAUAAAGUCCUGGUUGUGGUCAUGGCUUGCAUGGAAUUUGAAAUGGGGAAGAAGAAAUGUGAGCGAUAUUGGGUAGAUGCGGAUGAGUCUCCACUCAAAAUGGGCCCUUUCUGCAUAUCCUGUGAGGCCGAAGAAAGGAGAAAUGAGUAUGUGAUUCGCACUCUGAAAGUGAAGCUGAAUGACAGUGAAAGCCGAACUGUCUACCACUUCCAUUAUAAAAACUGGCCAGACCACGAUGUACCGUCCUCAAUCGACCCUAUUCUUCAACUCAUAGAGGAGAUGCGCUGCUAUCAAGCACACAGUGAUGUACCUAUCUGUGUACACUGCAGUGCGGGCUGUGGAAGAACAGGAGUCAUCUGUGCCAUUGACUAUACAUGGACUUUGCUAAAAGACGGGAUUCUGCCAAUGAACUUCAGCCUUUUUAAUAUGAUUCAGGAAAUGCGAACACAGAGGCCUUUAUUAGUGCAAACACUGGAGCAGUAUAAGUUAGUCUAUGAUGCUGUGAUUGAGCUCUUUGAAAGGCAAAUUGAGGCACUCGCUCAUCAUUCCGAUAAAUUUGCUAUGGAGGCCGAAGCAAGCCAUCCAACAGCCACAGCACUCCAGGCUCCACAUAUGGAAACUUCUUCUUUGAUACAAUUGAACAGUUCAGUGCAAGAAGAACAGGAGAAAUCUCGGAGCCCGGGUCAUGAUAUAUGGGGCUUAGACACUCGUGACAGAAAUAGAGAUGGUGCUUCUCUGGUCAGACAAGCAAUUUCAAUUGGAUCCUUGAGCUUCAGCGCCAGCAGAAACAUGGAUGCCGCAGCAGGCUUGAACUCUUGGUUGCCAAGACAGCCACUCCAUAAGCAUCACAGUUUGGACUUCAACAAUCUCUUUUGGGCAGAGCUACCUGUCACUUUAAAAUCAGGAAGUGAUGCUGGGAUCAGCUUAGAUUCAAAGGUGCCUCUAACACGGACCAAAUCGACCCCUUUUGAGUUAGCAUCACAGAGAGCAUCCCAGAUGUUGACAAGAAAGGACCCUGGCUCCUAUGAGGGCCUCCAGUCUGGAGGCUUUACAGCUGACUCUAGCCUUUCAAAUAAACUAUCAAGCAACACCAAGCAUUGUCUAUUCGCAAAGUUACACCAUCAGUCUUGUACUUGGUCGUCAGAAGAUCCUUACUUUUCUUCCCUGUCAUCCGACGAACCAUGCUCCCCAGCGCUUCCUGACACUGCUGUGAAUCCAUCUGAAACAAUUCCCCUGCUUGCUUCUGCUGCUGACGCCACAACUGAGCCCUUAGAAAGUCCAGCAAGGCCCAGCUACCCACCAUGCAGCUUUGUGGCUCAGAAUAUCCAACCAGUGGGUGCAGUGGGCUCUGCCUGCCAAAGUUCUUCCCAGGUGGAUGAAGACAUUCCUCCCCCAUUGCCUAAAAGAACCCCUGAGUCCUUUAUUGUACCUGGAGAAGACGUUUUAUCCAUUGCAGAUGACUCUGUGUUGCCAGAUUCAAACCACAAAUCACUGUCCAAAAAUGAGAAAAUUGGAAUCUCUAAGGAAUGGAGUGGCAUGUCUCAGCUGAAAUUUUCUGAUGACUCUGUGAGACUGAGGCCAAGUAAGAAUGCAAAGCUGCAGAGACCCAGAUCAGAGAUUCCCCGGAAUCGGUCUCCUUCCCCUCCCCCACUUCCUGAAAGAACUCCUGAGUCCUUUAUUCUUGCAGAUGAGGAAUCUCAACCAUCUGUUAUGAACAAUGCUGUGAGUUUUGGAGAGUCUGUGAUUAGAUCAACAGACAAGUCACCAAAGGAAGCAAAAUGCUUCAGGAGGAGUAAGAGCUUGAAAAUUUUACGAAAUGUGAAGAACAGUAUUUGUGGUUCACCUUCACUUUUAAAAGUUCCAGAGACUGAUCAAUCAAAUCACUCCAGCUCUGUUUUGAGAUUUGGCUUUGCAAACCGGUUUUCAAAACCCAAGGGACCAAGAGACCCACCACCAAGUUGGAACAUUUAGUAGAACUUUGCUGAUGCCCUUUGUCUCUGCCAGAAGCCUUGCCUUCUUCUGCCGUCAGUUCGGCCAUUGGAGUCUGUGGCAGGACCAUCAUUUGGAACAAAAUGGC